GACCGCGUCAGGUUUUAUUACUUUCCUGUUGAUAAUAAGGUUAAUUUAAUAUUCUCGUAAAUUUUCUGAGUCGUGACAAAUAAAUUUUUGCAUUCUUGCACGUGCAUUAAAAAUUUACCCAAUAAAACAACCAUUUUUUUAUAAAUUUGGCAAUUUUAAGUAGAAUUAUAAACUGUGUUCGAUAUUUAAAUAGGUCUCCUUUUUAUCAUUUUAAACAACAAUAGUUACUGUGCUUUGUGCUCGAACAAUGAUAUGCUUCAGAGGGAAAUGCUCACUUCUUUCUGAAAGAAUUGUGAGCAAUUGAAGUUAUUCGGUCCAUAUCACUCGAUAGAAAUUGCGCUUUUUGCUUGCCGCACUUGCUGACUUUUGUGAAAAGACAUCAAUUUACUUUCCUGCGCUCGUGAAAUUGGAUUGCGGUUAGCAGCAUAUUUUGUAGCUUUUGUGAUGGGAUCUGCUCGUAUUAUUCUUCCAACAUAUCGGUGCUCUGAAUCGCAUUUGAUCGGAAAUAAGGAUGUGAAAUCAUCUCAAUUAGCACGUAAUAAGUGUCACGCCAAGAUAUGGUUGCGAAUGAAAAGGUUUGAAGGUGCGGACAACAAAAAGACGCGAGUGCGCGGUUGCGGGUGUGAUAAAUCGUUUUUAUUUUUACACGCGGCCAAGCAAAACGGCAGACCUACUAAAGAAGCCUCUUUAGAGGUGGAACGUGGGAGACGCGAGACAAACAGAAAAAGAGAGAGAAAGAAAGAGCAGGAGUCGCACUCGCGGUGCUUUUGAAUGAGUGAGAUUGUCAGCCGCCGGGGUCCAGGCGCCUCUCCGCGUCCCCCCUUUCACCUCAGAUUAUAAAUACAAGCGCGGCAGCGCACCCGCGAGACACACAUUCAGGUUUUCGGGAAGAGCAAGUGUGCGCUGGGCAAUGUGCAGUAGCAACAACUACUGGUGAAAUGGCCUUUUCAGGCAGGACUUGUUCCUGCUUACUGCUACUGCUGCUGCUGCUCGUGUUGGUCGACGGGUCCAGCGUGCCGCUCAAGUUUGUCACUUCGCCCACGAAGUCGCCGGUCACAUACCUGGAGGACCGGCCGAUCGGGGAUAAAGAAGUCGAGUCAUUCCUCGGGGGUGGAAGCACCCUCGGCAGUUGGAAGCGCUGGGACAGGGGGCAGCCGAAGCCCCAGCCGCCCGCCAAGCCUGCAGGGGUGGCCACCAACGAGAAGACUUUCACGCAGCAGCAAAUUUUAGAGAAGUUGUUCACCGAGUACCACAACCACUUGCAGAAGCAAAAGCUAGCAAAUUCGACCAAUGCCGUAGAUCAGCAAGCGGUCGACCAGGGAAGGUAUGUGUCCAGCAUCAACAUACGACCGAAGCCCACGCCAACCCAGUCUGGACACUGGAUGUUGGACACGGAGGAGAGCACAAAGGUGCUCAACCCUUCUGCUGCCAUGGCGAACCUGAAGCUGCACCGUCCCCAUCAGUCCGCCGCCGCCGCCGCCGCGGCCUCCUCCUCCUCGCCAGCCGUUCGUCCUCCGAAGGACGGCUGGGUCACCCUGGAGCCAGUGCCCUGGUCGUCUAGCAAGAUAUCAAAGUGGACGCCAAACAAAGCCACUGCCUCCUCACCCGCUGCCGUCUGGAACGCGCAACAACAAAAGCCCAGCGCCAGCAGCAGCAGCGGCGGCAGCAGCUGGACGUCCAACCGUCCGGGCUCUUCUUCGUCCCAGCAAGCUUCGAGUUGGGACCUGAAGCCCAGUUUUUCUGACAACCGUCCCCUGACCUGGGACGACGUUCCGAGCAAGCCCAGCUGGUCGGACAAUAACAGCCAACGUCCCAGCUGGGAGCACACUAAACCGUCCUGGACGGACACAAAGCCUUCCUGGGGCUCGGAUUCGCUCAAGCCUUCUUUCUCGUCGUCCAACAAACCCAGCGUCAGCUCUGCCUCUUGGACCGACCUCAGCAACAAGCCGUCCUUCACCAGUGGUGCCAGCCGUCCGACCACCUUCACUAACACUCACGAGAAUCGUCCGACAACCUUCACAAAUAGUGAGAGCAUCCGUCCGACCACCUUCACCACGACCCUUGGAGCUGGGACCAGGCCGAAGCCGGACACGAGCAACCUGCUUGGCAUCAUCACGGACGGCAAACCACCAGAGUGGCCGGUCGACUCGCCGGCAACGCCAAGCUUUACGCGACCGUCAGUAGUUCAACGGCCAACCUGGAACCGCCCGCAGGCUCAGGCCCAUACCAGCUUUUCGCCCGGCUUCUACAAAGGCGACGAGGAGAAAAACAACAAACCACAAGUGCAAGGUGCGGCCGAUGGCGGACAGUGGGUGCUGCUGUCCAGCACACGUGGACACACCAUCCCGACCGCCAGUCGCCAGGGCUCACGACGAGCAUUGAAAGUCGACGCACCCAUAGUCGCGUACUCGAAAAACAAAGGAAUCAGGCUGACGGUUCUGCCGUCGGCCGAGAACCAAGGAACCUCGCACGGUGGCCUCCUCGAGGUGGACCAAACCUUUCAGACGGUGGACGCGGCUGCCGCCCAACUGAACCAGCAGCAGACAACAACCCUCAGGCCCAUAAUUCAAUCGGACCCUGUGACUGUGGAGGUUAAGCCGCAAAACAAUGGCCACGGAGGCGGCAAUAACAAUAAGCGCAAGGGAGGCAACAAGCGCAAGGGCCACAAGAAUAAAAAUAACAAGAGAAAGGGCAAAAAGAAGCGGAGGAGGCGGCCAGGGCAAGCGGCCCAGCAGCAGCAGCAACAGCCGCCGGCUGAUGGAAGCGGCACAGGAGUCGGUGGCGGCGGCGGAGGUGGAGGCGGAGGGGGUGGUGGAGGCGGAGGCGGCGGGGUGCAGGUUUACACCGCCCGCAACCCCAACGAGUACGUGAACCAGCGCAAGGCCCUGAUCGCGGCCAUCGGUGCCGGCAUGCUGCCGGCCACCAUGGCCGCCCUCGUGCCAAUGUUCCUCGGCCGGAGGCGGCGGAGGCGAGACCUAAUGGGUGACCUUGAUGGCACCUACCUGAAGACGCAGCAGCAGUGGCCAUUCGUGCAUUCACGCUCCACUUUCAGCCAGAGAUUCGGAUGAGCGCGGACGCCGCGCCGCUUUUUUCACUGUGACACAGAAACACGGAGAGCGACAGUGCUUUCGGUCCCUUUUUCAAGCGGCACGCGUGCAAGACUAAUUUUGUGCUAUAGUAUAAAAACAAAAAGUUCAGAGGUGCUGCCGCAUUUUGGUGUUUCUUGCUGACGCUUUUGUUGUAAAUAUGUAAAUUAUUACCUACGGUAGGAAAUAGCUGGAUUGAUUGUUUGCAUAAAAUUAAAAUAAAGUUUCUCUAUUCGCAAA